AUGCCUUUGGCCUUUGGCGGCAGCCCCACGAAUGAAACCAUCAUCCCGUACUAUUUUUGCGAUUUGCAGCGCGAAGCCCCCCGAUCUAUUUACGAAUGCUCGCUGCCGCUCCUCCCCGAGCAGCCACGCGAAUUGGUGCAGAGGAAAGUGAAGGAGUUGAUCAAGGACGCCUCGAUAACGGACUUUGUAGCUGAAGUGUGCAAGACUGCGCCUAAACUCUUCAGCAACACUGUAAGUUCCGAAUGGAGAAUGAGAAUGAUGAGAAUCAGGAAACCCUGGAAACAUAAACGGUGCCGAAGAGCAGCGCCGAUAAUGUGUAACUCUGUUCUCCUUCGAAGUUCCGGAUGGUGUCAGCCGCUAUGGAGGUUCGUUGCUUCGAAAGAGUUUCAAGCUGUCACGAAGACUGUUUUGAUCACCUGCUGGAACGCAACAGCAUACUGGAUCCCGAUCGCAAGUCAAACUCGAUAUAUGGACAUAGGCCUCUACUUUGGAUGA